AGUUUGUCCGUUACCCAUAAACACUUCCGGUAGAGAUCACCAUGGAGGGGAGGAAACUGCCAUAACUAAAACGUGAUAGUGUAUUUUUUGCUAUUCAUUCGUGUAGGUUCAACUUAAUGCUGUAAAGCUAUGUUCUGAAUUUUGAUUCAUUCGCAUUUCUUUACUCUGCGUUAAGUUCUGUUUUAGCCCGCUCUUGAUCGGCUGUUCUCAGACUGUAACCUUGGAAGGUAACCCGCUGAAAAAUCAGCGAUGACAGGGGUCUGUCGAGGAUUGGGCUUUUUCCCCUUCAAGGUAAGAAUACUCCAUCAAACAAAAUCAACUCCUCGGUGUCAUUGCAGUCAAGGCAUCUUAGAAGCUGUUUAAAGCGCCUGUGUUGAGUUUUAAAGGGAUAUUCCGGCGUAAAAUUUGUUUAGGGUCAAACACACCAAAACACCGAGUUAGACACCCCGCAGCUCAAGGAAGGGCAUUUAUGAUCAUCACUUUAUCAUUUCCUUAAAGUAAUAAUCAUCCUAUUUAUCAUCUUGCUCUGCAGACGUGGUAGUUCUUCUGCCUUAGUGUCUCGGUCUGAUUGCAUUUCCAUAAAGAAAUGAUCAUAAAUGUUCUUCCUUGAGCUGCGUCACCCCGCAGCAGUCUAUAAUGGACUGGCCUGAUGUCUCCCUACAAACCAGCGGCUGCUGGAAGAGAGUAUGUGAGUUGUGUUUAGUCUCUUUGCUAAAGAAAUUAGGCAAAGUUAAAAAGAUGUUUGGUGGCUAGUACUAUGGCUGGGACCCUAUAUGUACUGUUGAUGAAGUUAGGUGCUGGAGGAGGUACAGUUUUGACCACACAGGGCAUCAAAAACAGGCAAACCAAGUUCACCACAAAAGUUGAUGUUAUUAAGUCUCUUUAGACAGAGUCUGUUUCAGAACUGCUUAAAACCUUACAGGAGCUUUAAAGCUGCAGCCCUCUCACAGUCACAGAUUUCAGACAAAAGGAGUCAGGGAUGUGUAUAACAUGGGCAGCAAACCUCUAAUACUAACAUUAAAAGCAGAGGUUUUUAUUGCAAAGUGAUCAACAUUAACUUAAUACUUUUCUGACUCAUGUAAACCAAAGCCCCUGUGAAUUAUUGUCUAUAUACUCUCCUUUUUUCAUGCUUGUGAUAUUUAUAUUUUCAUAUUCUUUCAUUUACUUCAGUCUGAUGGCUGUAAAUUGUUUGUUGUCGCAUGUAAUGUGUCCAUAUCUCACAGGACAGAGCUGCUUUCAAGUCAAUGGUUUAUCUUUGCUCUUAAAUCUGACCCACAAUUCUCUUUAUGUGAUUCCAGGCCCUUGCUGAAGCUACAAUUUUGUCACCUUCUACGUGGUUUGUGUCUGCACGCAGCAAAAUCACAAAGGCAAGAGUCUCAAAAGAGGUGAGAACCGAGGCAGAGCUUAAUUUAAGUGCAGAAUGAGAAGAGUUAAGAGCAUAUCCAUGCUCAUGUUGAUGCUCCUAUGUCUUAAUUUACAAAGCUGCAAAAACUUAUGUUUUCUGCUCUAUUAUCAACAUUCAAAGACUAUUAUUCUCCACAGUUUUUUGAAGAACGAUCAAAAGACCAUGAGAAAUACGGUGGAGAUCCAGAUCAGCCUCAUAAACUGCAUAUCGUGACACGAGUAAAAAGUGUGAAACGAAGACCGUACUGGGAGAAAGACUUAGUGAAAAACCUGGGGCUAGAAAGGGUGAGGCAAUAUAUCUUCCAUCCAUUUCAUGUUUUGUGUCUUUCAGAGUUGCCAUCAGUUCAGGAUUUUCCCUUUUUUUGCACUUGCUGAACUCUCUCUCUCUUUGUCACAUAUUUAGCCACACGUACCUGUGAUUCAUAAAAACACAACCUCAGUCAACCACCUGCUGAAAUUUAUCAAACAUCUUGUAAAGUAAGUCAUAAAGUCUUGGUUUAAACUCUUUUUCUGAUCAUAGAACAGAUGUUUUAAGAAACUGUUUGUAAUUUCCCAUUUCUCCAUCCUCUUUUCUACCAAGGAUCCAGCCGCUUAAGACCCCGUAUGGACUCCCUGCUGAAGAGGACAUGGGAGAAACCUACAUCAACUGCAAAGGAGAGCUAAUAGUUUGUCGUCUCCUCAAGCCUGUUGACCCAAAAGCAAUCGAAUCCUAGCCCUACUCUGUUAGUUCACAGUUAGACUGAUCAUAAAUGUCAUGGGAAACCCUUUGCUUUAAAGCUCUCUGUUCUGAUAUUCACUCUGUUCCAGAUUUUCUGCGAGAAGUUAUCAAAAAAGUUGGUGUUUGCAGUUUGUACCAACUUCUCAGUCACGUUAAAGGUGUAUGUGGACGAUUAUGAUCUAUUUGCCAUGGCGAUUCACUCACAUGUGAUGGUUUCUGUAUUCAUCAUGACUUGUAUAAAUUAAACACUCUUUUGAAAUAGA